UCCUCGGAGGAGUGACAAGACAGCAUUGCCCUUGGUAGCUUGCGUUGUCUGUUGUGAACUUAAUUACACCCAAGGGUGCCUACACCUCCUCUCUUUAGGUAUGGAAAAUGGACUGACUCCGGGGCUUCGGUCUGCGCUCCUCAUACUUGCCAUGCUGUCCGGAAUAGGGAGCUGGGUCGUUCCGGACUUCUGCCGCACGUCCUACGAAUGCCCCGAAUAUACACUGCUCAACCAGAAUGCUGACUUUGAGGAGCGCCUGUAUGUGGAGACGCUGUGGAUGACGGCCAAGGUCAGGAGCACCAGUAACGCUGAUCUGUCCGAGGGCUUCUGGAAACUGGAUAAGUUUCGAAAAGGGAAUAACGUCCAAGGUCGAACGGUGCCCUGUAAGACCUGGCCUGCUAUCAUCACCGUCCGUCAGGGAGAAGAUCACGGCAGCGAGCCGGAGGUGUCCGUCUCGUGGUUUUUUGUCCCGGGCACGCAGCUGCCUUUGCCCCUCGACACAUCCAUCUCAAUGGAAGUGAGACCCGCUGGAAAAGUCUACGUUAGGAUCUUCAGUGGUACAGCGAGCCAAAGCAAGGCCCUGGCCACCGCGGUGGAGCUGGGAGAGAUGUUGACCCUGGCUGGGAAGACCUUCGAGGCCCACAGAUACACAGGGGCAUUCUACGACAGCCCAUGGGACAUACUGCGUGUGCACCACAAUGAGAUCUGGAUCAACGCAGCUUAGCAUGAACAGUGAUCCUAAUCUUGUAUAUCUUUAUAUAUCUGAUGUGUAUCUGAAUGCAAUACGUAUGACAUCACCAGUAACUGUGUUACUUUGAAAGUGUUUUUUAAUUAAAAGUGAGUGAAUGAGUGCGUUCUUAAUUUGAGAUUUAUUACAUUAUUCAAGGGAUAUGUAAUGUGGCUGCCAAUAAAAAACAUACACCUAAUGUAAA